AAUUGACAUUUGCACAGAACCACGUGGGGCUUGUUCAGUCUCACAAACGGUCAGCCUUGCCUAUGAUGCAGGCCUUGCUUCCUGCACCGUAGUUGUCAGUUUGUCCAUAUAUCUCUUUCAUUCAAGCUGUAGGCCAGCAAAUCUAGUUACGAUCCACUCAUGUCCGACCCAUUUGACGUCAUACCCUUCGAGGACAUCAAGGGGGAAUGGAAGAAGCUAGGAUCAGGCUCUUUUGGGAACGUUUAUAAAGGAUCAUACCUGGGCAUUGAUGUUGCCAUCAAGGAAGUCCUGCCAUCCAAUAGUUACAACGUCGCCAAAUAUUUUGAGAGGGAAUGGAGACUUAUGAAAGAAGCUCGCCAUCCAAAUGUUGUGCUUUACCUCGGCCUGUCACGUGCCCCACCUCCAGAUGGACGAAUCUUCAUCAUAUCGGAGUACAUUGAGAACGGAAAUCUCAGAAUGUACAUAUUCGAUAAGACGAAACCCUUUCCGUGGCGUCUCCGGCUUUCUUUUGCUACAGAUAUUGCCCGUGCUCUCGCAUACCUUCAUGCCCGCAAGUGCAUACACCGUGAUUUGAAAGGCGAAAAUCUCCUGGUCACCGCAAACGGCAGGUUGAAGAUUACUGACUUUGGUUUCGCUCGAAUUGCCGCCCGUAAUGAAGAGGAAAGCAAACGUUUGACCUUCUGCGGGACCGACUCCUACAUGUCACCCGAAAUUCUACUUGGAGAAGAGUUCGAUUUACCGACUGACAUCUUCUCUCUCGGCAUCAUCUUCUGCGAGAUCGCUGCACGGAGGUUAGCUGAUGACCGCCAUUUCAAGCGUGUUGGCCCAACCUUUGGGAUUGACGCUGAGGAGGUGCACCGAUGGGCUAGCCCUGGUUGUCCACCCGCAUUCCUUGCUCUUGCGUUCGACUGUCUCGCUGAGGAUCCAAAGGGGCGGCCCACCACUCGCGUCAUUUUAGACAGACUAGGCGAAAUCGAAGCGGAGGUUUUGUCGCGUCCAGACACGGAUGAUUUCCAUGUUGGGAGCAUCAAACUUAUGACAGGAGGUAGACGCCCGGGUGCGGCUCCCAGAAUCCCGAGUUUUGGCGCUGGUGUUGGGAAGGACAUUAGGCACAACACGGCUUCCGUCAAAGAGGAUGUUCUUUCCGCCCUAUCUAGCAGCGAAGAGAGCAGCGACGAAGAGCUCGUGGAUGCUAUCCAAGGGUUGGCCGUCAGCCUGGAUCCAAACAGUGAUUGGAGCACGGUACCCAACGGACACUCGGGUGAUAGCACCCAACCUCUCUUGGUUAGUAACUCUAGCACAUUGUCAGCAUACAGCACCACCGUUGUCGGGGCCCAUACUCCCACGGUCGCAGAUGUCAUCCCACCAUCAUUAUCCUCUGUUCUCACCAUUCGGCCUGCACUCGACCCAAACGGAACGGCAGAACCCAUUACGCCAGGCACCUCCUUGACUGAUAACAGUAAUACUCCAACGAGCGGUGACUCCAUGCUGUCCGCGCAGAGUUAUCAGACUGCUCAGUCAUCCAUCCAGCUUUCCACCGCAGCGAUGAAAGGCCACUCAUCCAUGAGCAUUCUUCCUAUGUUACACCGCUUUACCUUGCUAAGACCUGGAACAAAGCGUACCAGCGGAUCAGUAUCCCCGACACGUCAUGCCGAUGGAGGAUGGAACCCCUUAGAGCUGAUCUUCUCUAGCGGACUACUCGUGCAGAAAUGUGAUAUAUGCUCAAAAAGGAUUGGCUGGAAACCGGUUUUGGAAUGUGACGAUUGUGGUCUGCGGGCUCACGUCAAAUGUGGAGAAGUUGCCCCUCGCAACUGUAACAUUCAAUCUGUCAUUCAACCAGCCACUCAUGCAUCGUCACCCUUAUCAAAGACAAGGAACAACGCAAAGAGAGUGUCCUUGCCGACUUCGAUCACGCGAUAGGAUCUCUGCAUGUUCUCAAAUUAGUAUUCUCGGGAUUGAAUCAAGACUGUUGCAAUCAUCACUUAGCUAUGACCUUUAUGGAUUUCUGUCAAGUCACAUACCACUUACAUUCACAGGACGAUAAUAAUACUACGUCACUGCUGAGUCACUCGAUAUCCUUGCCUCGUACUCGUUUGCCUACAUUAAUGUAUCCCCAGCGUCAUUCGAUAAUCCAAAUA